AUGCCUAACAGGAACGUUGUGGUAGUGACGGUCCUCCCUGAUGAGGGACCCAGAGAACAAACACAGUGCCCCACAGUAGCAGGACUGUUGCCCAGAGACAAUGCAGAAGAUGAGUGGACCCCCUCAGAACAACAAAAGAUAAGUAUCUAUGAUGCCAUGAUGAGGGGGCUCCUGACACCGGGUACGGCCCUGGUGCUGCUGGAGGCACAGGCUGCUUCAGGGUUCCUCACCGACCCCGUGAGGAACGAGAAACUAUCCGUGAAAGAGGCACUGACUGCAGGACUCAUAGGCAGAGAUUUUUAUGAGAAGCUGCUGUCGGCAGAGGGAGCCGUGACAGGGUACACAGAGCCGUACACAGGACACAAGAUCUCCCUCUUCCAGGCCAUGAAGAAAGAGUUCAUCGUGAGGGAGCACGCUAUCCGCCUGCUGGAGGCCCAGAUCGCCACCGGCGGCAUCAUCGACCCCGUCAACAGCCACCGCCUCCCCGUGGAGGUGGCCUACCAGCGCGGCUACUUUGACCAGGAGAUGUGCCAGUUUCUUUCUAACCCCAAGAAUCAAACGAGAAGUUGCUUCGACCCCAACACGCAUGAAAACCUCACUUAUACACAGCUCCUCCGCCGCUGCGUACCUGACCCAGACACGGGGCUGCUCAUGCUCCAUGUGAUGGACAAGGGCUCUGUGCUCUACCAGCUGAACAAGGAUUCCCGGAAAGCCCUGCAGGCCGCCCGCACCACCGUCAACGUGGGGCUCUUCCAGGGCCAGAGUGUCACCAUCUGGGAGCUCCUCUUCUCCCGCUACAUCCCUGAUCACCAGAGAGAGGAGCUGCUGAAGAAAUACAAGGCAGGGACGGUCACCAUCCCGGAGAUGAUUACCAUCCUCACCACCAUCAUCACCAAGGCAGAAAUGGAAAACGGGGAUCUGAGCUCAUCCACAGUUAUACCCAACAAUGAGGUGGAAGCAUCACGACCAGUUCAGGAUGUACACUCCCAGGACCAACAGUUGAGAAAGUCCUUAAAGUCUGCAACCAUCUAUGUCACUGCUGGUGAGUUCCAGGGGCAAAACAUUUCCUUGUUGGAUCUGCUUUUUUCCAAAUACAUCCCUCAAGGGAAGCGGCAGGAGCUGCUGGAGCUGUACAGAGCAGGGAUACUGACCACAGAGCAGGUGGCUACUGUGGUCACCACCAUCAUAAACAGAACAGAAGCUGCAAAUGCCAUGCUCAUGGCAAAUGCCAGAAGUCCACACAAGGCAGUGACAAGGGCAGAGGAAAAUGGAGAUGAUUUUUCAACCCAAGAUGCACAACUAGAUAACAUCUUGAAGUCUACCACCAUUGAUGUGCCAGCUGGUGAGUUGCAGGGCAGGCAGGUCUCUGUGUGGGACCUGCUCUUCUCUGACUACAUCCCUGAGGAGAAAAGACAGGAGCUUCUGGAGCUGUACCGAGAAAGGGUAUUAACUCUGGAGCAGAUGAUAACUGUUGUCACCAUUGUCAUCAAGAAAAAAGAAUCUACAAGCAGGAAAUUCCUAAUUGCAGUCAAGACUGCUGACAAGGACACUGUGUCAGAAGCAGGAGAGAAGGAUGAUGACUCCCCCAAAGAAGAACCAUGGGAAACAGCCUUGAAAACCACGGCCGUCGACAUGGAGGUUGGGGAGUUUCGGGGCCACAAGGUCUCUGUGUGGGACCUGCUCCACUCCAAGUAUAUCCCAGAGGAGAACAGAAAGGAGCUCCUGGAGCUGUACCAGGCAGGAGAGUUAACCCUUGAGCAGGUGAAAACUGUUGUCAGCACUAUCGUAACCAAGGCAGAAGCAGCAGGGGCAGAGCAAUUGGCAAAUGCGAGCAGUCCGAGAGCAGAGUCGACAGUUGCAGAAGCUGAGCACACCUACCUGCAGGAGGACAGGACCUGGGAAGAGACCCUGAAGUCCACCACAGUUGAGAUGUCAAUGGAUGAGUUCCAGGGGAGGCAGGUCUCUGUGUGGGACCUGCUCUUCUCUGACUACAUCCCUGAGGAGAAAAGGCAGGAGCUCCUGGAGCUAUAUCGUGCGGGGACACUCACCAUUGAGGAACUGGUCAACACCACCAGCAGCAUUGUGACAGACAGCAAAGAAAGGCAUCUUGCAAGCCUUCCCCAGCAGACAGUGGAUCUCCUCCAGUCCGAGGGCUCCUACAUUACUUUUGGCCAGUUCCAGGAGCAGAGGGUGUCAGUGUGGGAGCUCCUCUCCACCAAGCAAGUCUCCGAGUACAAACGAGAAGCACAUCUCGACACUUACGGCACAGGAGGGCUGACCAUAAACAAGAUCACCAUCACCACCACUGUCAUCACAGGCCCACAGCGUAAGAAGAGACACCACCAGGACCACUAGCACCACCCACCACAAAAGAGGAAUGAGCUCUGCCUCCUGGGGCAGGCAUGGCCUGGGCACUUGUGAGAGUUCGCUCUCCACAUAACUCAAUUAUGGGCAGGAAAGAGCGGUGACAAACCUGUGUGCGGAACAGUGCGGGUGCGUGGUUAAACUCCUUGCUGUCUCAACUACUACUUUGCUGAGAUUUCUUUUGCCCAGCGGAGCUUUCCCGGAGGGGUUCUGGGGGAGGGUCCAGGAAGGCUUGUGGCUGCGGCUUUCUGCUGUGCACACACAGGCAGUGACACAGAACAGGGAAAUGUGGAGCCAACACCCAAGUCAGAUGGGUUGGAGACUGUCACGAAUGGGAGCAGGCAGAAACCCCAGUGCAGGAGCUGCGGGCAGCACAACUGGCAGCCCCAGAAGAGGCACAGAGGGACAGACAACCUCUGCUCAGGAUAGCUGGGACCCUGGCCCUGCUGAACAGCAAGCAGCGGGGACAGCACAUGUGGCUGUGGUCGCCCAUGGGACAUUUAGCCCUGACCUGCCCUUUGGCUCUGCUGCUGCAGGCUGGGGUCAUGGGGGUCUGCUGGGUUGCCAGAGGUCACUGCAUGUGAGCAUUGCGGGGAGAGGGGUGCUGGUGCCAGGGCUCUGACACCUGCAAUGGUGAGAGGCUGCUGGGUGCACGCGCAGGAGCGGCGGUGCUUCCGUGGGGCGAGACGAUGCUGUACACAGGGCGGGAGUGCUCCCAUGUAUGACAGGGAAACCUCAGAUUCCUGUGCGCAUGGAAGUCACUGCCUGUCAUGGAGGGAGAAGCACCCACAGGAGCAUCCUCACGCCGCUCAGUGCAGUGGGGGGGGCAAGCAUGGCUCCCUGACCCAUACCCCUGCAUGCACG